CGACAAAGGUGUAAGCUAUCACUCUCUGUCCGUCUUUCUCUCCUCUUUCUUUCUCUUUCUCUUUCUCUCAUCUUCACCCUGCAAUACCUCUUUAUUCUUCUGUGUCCACAUUCACGCUUCAACCGUCUCCACCUUUCCGUACUCUUCCCAAGAGCAGACCCUGCUCAUUUAUUUCCCUCAGCCUUCAGCAAACUAACAUCACAGUAACCCGCUCCUCCCCUCUCGCCGCCUAUCAUGAAGUACUUGAUUGGCCUGGCCUCCAUUGCCUCCCUUGCGCUCGCUAACAUCACCUUCAAUGUUAUCGGUUACCCUUCAUCCACGGGGGGGUCGUUCGGUGUCUCAAUUGCUGGCACAGUCCACAAGCUGGCAACGAACGAGAACAUUUUCCCGGUCUGGACUGGCGCCAUUCCCGGUACUCAGAGCACAGUUGAGUACUCGUAUGUCGAACUUAACGGUCAGGGUGCUGCUCUCAAGGCCGAAGCCUUCACACGCAAACUGGCCAACGAGACCUGGACUUCAACCCUGAACGAGUUUUUUGAGCGACCCACCACUCAAUGGGAACUUCCUAAGCUUCCCUACACUUACUUGGCCACAUACCCGUCCAAGACCAAGGCGUUCAAACAGAAGCAAAUUGCCACGAUCCAUGUUACUGCCCCAGCGGCGUUGAUGGAAGAGAUGGUCGCGAAUCCCGAGAAUGACAAGGACUACAAGGUCGACUUCAGGUUUAUCAACUCCAAGACCAUUCAUACUCAGCAGAACAUUACGUUCUCGACCUCCGGCAAGUCGGCCAAGGAGUAUACGAAGCAGGCAUUCAUGUUCGGCUUUGACACGUCGAUGAAUCAGACAUUCUUUUCGCGCCCCAACAUCAAGCUGCGAUCCAUGACCCAAGACCCAACCAUGAUCCGCGAGAAGCUGUAUAUUGACAUGCUAAACUCCGUUGGUGUUCCAACACAACAGGGUGCAUGGGUCCGCCUAUUCGUCAACAAUGAGCCAUAUGGUCUUUAUCUGAUGGUGGAGGAUAUCAAGAAGUCGUUUGCUAAGCAGACAAUCCACGGUGGCUCUUCAACUAUUGUCCGUGGAUCUAUGGUGCAGAUGAACGCGUGGAUCAACAAAGCUGACCUCGUCUACAAAGGACCAACGUCCGCGAGCUACGACAAGGACACCUACAGAAGCAGGAACCUUGGUAACAGCCCUGCGACAGACGAACUCCAGGAGCUCAUCACGUUCAUGUCUGAUCUCCAGGCCUUCGAUCCCGUCUCAACUCCUGACCCCGUCGGCUACUGGAAUAACACGCGCUUGGAUUUGGACGGCUAUUUGCGUUGCAUGGCGCUUGAGUAUCUGAUGGGCGGCUUUGAUAUGUACUGGUACGCCGCAUCCAACUAUUUUAUGUACAGGAACCCGACCCUUGCGCCAAACGGCGGCAAAUGGCAAUGGAUUCCGACAGACAUGGAUAACACAUUCGGAAGCGGUUAUCCUUAUUCGACUCUGCCCACGUACAAGAACUAUGUCGACUUCACAGCCAACGGAGAGCGCCCUCUUGUCCAAAAGUUGAUCUUACAAAACACUCAGAUUAAUGCGCUGUUUGAGCAGAUCUUAAAGGAGAUUGUCAGCACCGCAUUCAAGCCCGAGGCGAUGAAUGCGCGUGCCGAAGCGUAUCACCGUAUGCUGUCCUUGGAUGCUCAGUGGGACCUUGCGUUGGUCCGUAAGAGCCCUGGCAAGGACAGAAACACGACCUUCGCCGACUUUAACAACAAUCUCUAUAACGCGACCUCGGACAUGCAGUCUGGUGUUCUGGGCUGGGUUCAGGAUAUGUCGAGUCUUGUCGCGAAGGAGUUGAACUUUGCAAUUCCCCAGGGAUUGGUGGACCGUGUCCCUCCACCCCCAAAGAAGGGCAACGAGGGCAAUCCUGAGGACGAGGAAGACGGAUCGGACGAGACCGAGGGUGAUAAGGAUCCCAUCGGCCAGAAUCGUAACGCUGGCGAGUCGCUGUUCAGCAAGAAGGGUUUGUUCGUCCAGGGAGUCGCUGCCCUGACGGUUGCUUUCGCGAUGGCGGUUUAAGACGUCUACAAGCAUUGUUUUACAUAGAAUGUCGACGGAGCUUUGUCACCACAACUGUGGUUUUCUUAUGUUACUUUAGAAAUGAAAG